UGCCUCUAAGCGACAGCGAACCGCAACUGCAUUGCUCGCUUUUGGGGGUGGGCUGAGCUGUGCUGUGCCUCGCGUUGCCGUGCAGCUCGAGCAUCGCCUGGAGCAUCGCUUAGAGCGAUUUGCUGGUUGAUGUGCGGUGAUUGCCGCAAACUCAACGCGACCGUCAACGAGUAAACAACAUAAGCGCGACGGCAGCGGCAACGGCAACGGCCAGGACAUACCAGGACAAGGCGCAACGCAAGCAGGACAUGUCAACGCUUAAUGAGAACAGCAUCAGCCCAGUUGCAACUGCAGCAGCAGCAGCAGCGGCAGCAGCGGCGGCGGCGGCGACGACUGUUGCCAGCAGUAAGAGUCCCGCCACAACGACCACAAUGCUAACCACAAAAACGCCAUUUUCGAUUGAGCAUAUAUUAUUUCAAAAUUUAAAUAGUGCCAGCAACAACCACACCACCAACAACAGCAACCACAGCAAUCAUAACAACAACAACAGCAGCAGCAGCCACAAUCAAAAGUGCAACAAAUAUACAGUGAAAAGUGCCCGAUGCAAUUCUAGUGACAGCUCCAUAUCCAUAUCAAAUACGUUAUCCAGUGCCGGUGCCAGUGCCAAUGCAUAUGACAAUAACCGAUAUCCAACAAAUCCAACAGCGACGGCAUCGACACGCCCAACAAACAGCCCCACGAACCACUCGGCGUCGGGUUAUCCCAGCGAGGAUUACGUCAAGUCCAUGCACAGUCAACGUGCACAUCAUCAGCAACGGGCAGCUGCCGCCCACUAUGCCCAUUCGAGCUCUGGGCCAACUGCCGAGCAAAUGACCACUGCGGCUGCAACAGCACCACCUGCACCUCCGGCACCACCACCGCCGGUUGCGUCAAGUGGUCCGAGUGGUGUGCUUUAUCCAAAUGCUGGCUAUGGCGAUCAUGGGUUCUUGCAGAUGACACUGGGCUAUCUGUCGCCAUCGUCGGGCACGUACAAGUCAGUCGAUCCCUACUUUUUGUCCCAAGCCAGCCUUUUUGGAGGAGCGCCCUUCUUCGGGGCGCCCGGCUGUGUGCCCGAACUGGCCCUCGGCCUGGGCAUGGGCGUGAAUGCAUUGCGGCAUUGCCGGCGGCGCAAGGCGCGCACCGUGUUCAGUGACCCGCAGCUAUCGGGUCUGGAGAAGCGUUUCGAGGCGCAGCGAUAUCUGUCGACGCCGGAGCGCGUCGAGCUGGCGACGGCGCUGGGUCUGAGCGAGACGCAGGUCAAGACGUGGUUCCAGAAUCGUCGCAUGAAGCACAAGAAGCAGCUGCGACGACGCGACACGGCCAAUGAACCCGUUGACUUCUCACGCACCGAGCCGGGCAGCAAACAGCAAGGCGAUGCCAUCACCAGCCCAUCAGCGGCCUCCACAGAUUCCAAGUCCAAACUGGCAUCGGGCUUGGGUCAACCGGCCACUAGUCAGCAGCAGCAGCUGCAAAUGUGCUUCCUGCAGCAUGGCUACUCCACAGAUGACUAUUCCGAUCUGGAGGCGGACAGCGAAGACGAUGAUAAUUCCAGCGAUGUGGACAUUGUGGGUGAUUCGAAGCUAUAUCAGCUAACAUAGGCCGUAAGUGGGUGAACAUUGUCAAUAAAUAGACCAAUUAUAACAGUUAGUGUGCAAAAAAUACCAAACAAUAUACAAAAUACCACAUUCUCGUCAGUUUAAGAUUAAAGGAUUUUUUUAUUUUAUCUCAUAUUUAAAGCAUAGCUGAUAUACACAAUCAAUAGAUUAACAUACUACCAGAUAAAUCACUAUUUUCUUUAUACUUGGUAUUUUUCUUGGUCUAUUUUGACAUUUUUGUUAAUUUUUUGGUAUUUUUUUGUUUUGUUGGUAUUUUUGUGCACAACACACACAAUUUAACGUAACACGUUGUAAGUCUGUAAAAUAUACCACAAAUACACAAAAAAUACCAAUGCAUAAUGGAGCUAAGAUCACUUUUCUUUUGCUACUAAUUUCAUAUUUCUCAGAAAGCUUUCCAUUGAUAAUUCAAAAUAUAAGUUAUUUGGUAUUUUUGUUUAAUUUCUUCGACAUUUUUCUCAAUUUUGUUGGUAUUUUAGUGCGUAACAGUCUGCAUUUCGAGUCUAUACAAUUAACGUUAUAAAUCUGUAAAUAAUGAUCACAAUACGAUCUCCCAAUUGAGCGCCAGGUCUAGUCACAGUUACAUUUAAGCUAAGUAUAUACACAUAUACCUAUAUAUACAUUAAAAUAUUAUUAAUAUUUAAAAUAUAGUGAUUGUAUUCGAGUACUUCCAUUUUAAGAACUCUCACCCUGUCUCUCGGCGAGUAUGUAACUCUCUUCAUAGUUAUAUUGAUGUGUUAGCCAGCUUAGUAUUAAUGCUUUCAAUAAAAACUCAUGUGAAAAUGGUUCUUAAAA